UCAAGGCUGCAGCAUGGACUUGAAGGCGACGGGGUCCUCGGCGAGCGCCGCGGUGCUGGUGCCCCUGGUGUGCCUGCUGGCCGCGGCCAACGCCGCCUUCCUGGUGCCGUGCCUCGUCGGCCAGUUCCCCACCUCCGUGGUGGAGAUGCGGCGCGACGACUGGGCGUGCGGCGUGUACUGCUCCAACAAGCUGGUGUCGCUAUGGGACGCGGUCUGCAAGCGCUGCUGCCCCAAGUGGCUGGGCGGCGACGGCGCCAACGCCUUCAGCACCACGCCGUCGUCUGCCGCUGGCUCCACCGCUGGCUCCACCGCGACCCCCGGCGACGGCACCUCCACCUCGGGCCAGGGGGAGGGCUCCACGACCACGGCACGAGCGGCCUCGUCCACGAGCUCGGCCACGACAAGCUCUACGGAGGGCGCGGCAGCUUCAACCUCAGCCAGCCCAGCCGAGACCACCACCGAGCCCGCAGCGUAGGGUGCGUGUGCUCUGGGUACAGUGUAACUACGCCGUGCUCAAGCUUCUCCGAUUUUUGAUCAAGUGUGCACCUGUAUCUUGAAUGAAAUACAAAAUGGCGAUGCCCUAGACAUUG